AUGGCUGGUGUAUCGGUGAUGAGAGGCUUAGCCCAUCAUGGUCGCUUAUCGAAGAUACCGGCUUUCAGGGUCUCGACCCGAACAGCAAGAAGGAAGCAGCUUCAAUUCCAGCCUAAAAGAUUCUCCCUUUUGGCUAGAUAUUCCCAGGCGCAAGAUCUUUUCACCUCUCGGGUUCAAGACAGCAUUCAGAACUUGCCCAAACUCGUGGAGGAUAUCGUCCAGACUUCUUUAAACACAGGCCCACGUGGAGCACUUCGGCUAGCUCAAGGGGUUCAAGCUGUCAUUGGGGUGGGUAGUGAGUGGCUGGCAGAUGUGUCUAAGGUUGCCAACUCCUCUACCGGAUUACCGACUGACUUGCAGCUUGGAUUGUUGUCGCCCGUUUAUUUGAGAAGAUUGUUUGAACGAAUGGGUGCAACUUACAUUAAACUAGGCCAAUUCAUUGCUUCUGCACCCUCUUUAUUCCCACCAGAAUAUGUCGAGGAAUUUCAGUAUUGUUUCGAUAGGGCACCUGCAGUUCCUUUCGAAGAGAUUCAGACAAUCUUACGGGAGGAAUUAGGCAGACCAAUUGAUUCCAUCUUUGAGUAUGUUGAUCCCACUCCACUUGCCUCUGCAUCUAUAGCACAGGUACAUGGUGCAAAAAUUAGAGGCACCCAAGAAGAUGUGGUUAUAAAGGUUUUAAAACCUGGAAUAGAAGACGUAUUAGUCGCAGACCUAAACUUUGUCUUCAUUGUUGCACGGAUCUUGGAGUUUUUGAGUCCUGAUUUGAGCCGGGCAUCUUUGGUUGCCAUUGUCAAAGAUAUAAGAGAAUCAAUGCUCGAAGAAGUUGAUUUCAACAAAGAAGCUGCAAAUAUUGAGGCGUUUAGAAGAUAUCUAGAGGCUAUGGGACUCACAAAACAGGCCACUGCUCCAAAAGUUUACCGGCAAUACAGUGGCAAACGAGUUCUAACAAUGGAGAGGCUUUAUGGAGUUCCACUUACUGAUCUAGAUUCCAUAAACUCACUUGUACCUGAUCCUGAAUCCAGUCUUAUAACUGCCUUAAAUGUUUGGUUUGGAAGCUUGCUUGCUUGUGAAAGCUUUCAUGCUGAUGUCCAUGCAGGCAAUCUGUGGCUGCUUCGUGAUGGCCGCAUUGGGUUUCUCGACUUUGGAAUUGUUGGUCGAAUAUCUCCAAAAACAUGGGCUGCUAUGGAGAUAUUUUUGCAAUCACUGGCAACUGAAGAGUAUAACUCAAUGGCUUCUGCUUUGAUUGACAUGGGUGCUACAAAUAAGGAUGUUGAUUCAUCUGCGUUUGCAAGUGAUCUUGAAAAGAUAUUUUCUUCAAUACAAGAUUUAGAUACACAAGUCAUUGUUGCAGCUGCCAGGAAUACAAACACAAAUGCAACUGCUAUCUCGGCAAAUGUAGUCGUUGAUGAGAGGCAAAUGAAUGCACUGUUUCUUGAGCUGGUCAGAGUUAGUGAAUCCUAUGGGUUGAAAUUUCCCAGAGAAUUUGCACUCCUCAUGAAACAGCUACUUUACUUUGAUCGAUACACCAGGUUGCUAGCUCCAAAUAUGAAUAUGCUUCGGGAUCAGAGGAUCACCAUUGUCUCAAAUCAAAGAAGCAGGAAUAUGUACCGAUGA